GUGGUUUUUAUAAAUAUUUUAUAUAAUUUCAUACAGAUUUUUUUCUAAAUUAAAGUUUUAACUUAGUGGACGUGGUCAUUUCAUUCAAGAGUAAUAAACAGUAGAAGAUGGCUAAGAGUAGAGAAGCUGAACAGUUGGAGAAAAUGAAGGUUUUAGAAGCCAGAAUAAAGGCACCAUCAAUCUGGGGAAGGUAUCCUGGCGGAAUACGGUUCGAAGACUUACAGGAGAGGCGGUAUGAGGACGCUGUUAGAUUGUUGAAGAAACAUUAUUUAACUGAAGAAAUUACAUACCGGUCAGUGAAGAUAGCUGACGAUAAGGAAGGAACGGAUGAAUUCACACAUCAAGCCAGGAUUUGGAUGAAAGACAAAAUGUCCAUUGCUGCGGUGAAGGAAGGGACGGACAAACUUAUAGGUGUUCUCAUCAUGAGGAUUCAGGAGAAACAAGCAUUCUCCCGAACAUUUAGCCGAGUCAAGAUCACUUACAAUCCUCUAUACUCAACGGUGGUAGCAUUUAAUAACGAGCUUGAGAAACCAGUAAACCUAUUCGAGAAGCUUGGUGUAAGGCGGUACUUCAAGAUAUAUUUGCUGGCGCUGAAACCCAGGUAUCGGCAUAGAGGUAUAUCAAAGGAAAUGCUAAGAGGGGCGAUUAGUCUCAGUACGAGCGCUAACGUUCCUGCUAUAGCUGGUUUCUUUACUACUGGGAGGGGCCAGCAAAUAGCCGACUCAUUAGGAUUCGUAAAAUUUAAUGAAAUAUAUUACGUUCGAUAUAUUAUUGAUGAUCAGAUAGUAUUCUGGGAUACCGGUCUUGGCAACUACGGUGCAGCUUUGAUGGGAUAUCGAAUACCGUCUGUAGAAGAACCCGAAGAGAUACAACACCAGCCGUCUUCUCGCUUUAACGUGCAGGUCGCCAAUGAUGAUGAAGAGACAGAGUGAUCUUUCAUUGUUUGAUAUUUGCUAAUAAAAUACUGUUUGUGGGAUUCUGUUCAUAAUGUAUAUAUUAUACGUUAUAUCAGUCUCAUGAAUGAUAUUGUCUUUUAAGUAUUUUUUUUCUUACAAUAAAGUUCU